AGUAGUAGUAGUAGUCGUCGUAAUAGAUUUGCCACGUUCAUAUGUCGGAAUAAAAUCUUUCUAACCCAUCUCUCACAGUAUGAGUCGUUCGAUAUCGUGUCUUGGCUCGCGUGUUCCUGAUUGAUCUAUUUUUAUUGUAUUAUGUAAGUUGUAAGGAGGUUUAAUACCUUUGUGAAACAGUUACCAAAAAAAGAAAAUAGUAGGAAGUUUUUUUUUUUAAAUGCAUUAGUUGAUUUAGUGCUUAAUACUUAGCCAAGUAGUGAGUUAAAAGUAGCUGAGAGCAACCGAACUCGGCCACUAAAUUUCCUACUCCUCAGGUCAAAUAUUCAAAUUAUACAACUUACUCCUUCUUUCUAUCAUAAUAUCAGUUUCAUAACUUUCGCUAAUAGUCCUUUCCCAUCUUUGUAUAUUAAAAUUUAAAAAUCAGGUACACAAGUUUACUUUCGUUCCGCCAUAUAUGAACUCAUAAUAACUAAUAAUGUUUAAUAAUAAUAAUAAUAAUAAUAAUAAUAAAAGGAAUCAGGAUAAGCAAGAGCUGUAUCCUACUUCAAAGAAUUUACGGAUUAAUCCUUAUACAAGACAAUUAUCUCCUGGUGAAGUUCGAAAUAAUUCAACUUCUUAUUAUAACAAAGAAUUACCUUCAACAAAUGAAUUUGAAUUAAAUAAUUUAUCCAACUCAGAUGAUGAAUUAUUACAAAAUCAAAUGACAAAUAAUACAGAUAAUCCAUCUAGUAAAAAUCGACUCCCUAAUACUGCUCAUUAUAAUUUAAUGCCAUUACCUUCACUACCUCAUCAAAGUCCCUUUGAAGAAUUAGAUUUAAAUAAUAAUAAUUCUCAUAAUAAUAAUAAUAACAUUAAUGCAAAUCCAUUCCUUACUCCUAAAAAUGACUAUUCCUAUAAUGAUAACGAUAAUAUUGAUUCUCCAGCUUCAGUAGAACAGAAAAUGGAUUAUUAUGAAAAGGAAAGAUUAAGAAUAUUAAGAAAAACUCCUCGCUUUCAUUAUACAAAUUUACCAUACUUUACAAUACUUGUAACAAUGAUUCAAAUUAUUGUAUUCAUUGUAGAAUUAGCAAAAAUGUCUAUUUUAACUGGUUCAGCAUUUCAAACAAAACCAUAUUUCAAUCCAAUGUUGGGUCCUUCAACUUACCUUUUAAUUAAUAUGGGUGCUAGAUAUGUUCCUUGUAUGCAACAAAUUGAAACAGUAACUGAUGAUCCUACUUUACAAUUCCCAUGUCCAAAUUCAACAUCUGUUGCUACAAAUGUUUGUUCAUUACCUCAAUUAUGUGGAUUAACAAAUAUUCCAUUUAUUGAUAAUAAAUUUAUACCUGAUCAAUGGUUCAGAAUUAUAACUCCAAUAUUUCUUCAUGCUGGUUUCUUACAUAUUAUAUUUAAUUUAUUACUUCAAAUAACUAUGGGACCAUCAAUUGAAAGAAGUAUAGGAACUAUUAAAUUUGCAUUAAUUUAUCUUGCUAGUGGUAUUUCAGGAUUUUUAUUAGGAGCAAAUUUUACUCCAAUUGGAAUUGCUUCAACUGGUGCUUCAGGAGCAUUAUUUGGAAUUUUAGCUACAAAUAUUUUAUUAUUUAUUUAUUGUGGUAAAAAAAAUACUAAUAUUUAUAAUACUAAGCAUUAUGGUCUUUUCAUAUUAAUUAUGGUGGGAGAAAUUCUUGUUUCUCUUGUAUUAGGUUUAUUACCAGGAAUGGAUAAUUUUAGUCAUAUUGGAGGUUUUGCUAUUGGGAUUUUAAUGAGUAUAUUAUUGGUUAAUGAUCCAUUCUUUGUAUAUGAAGAUGGAAUUAUUCCAUAUGAUAGUCAUUUAUCAGCUUUACAACAUUUUCAAAAUCAAUGGAAUCCAUUCGCAUUUUGGUCUAAUAAAAUCCCAAUAAAUUUUGCUAUUUGGGCAACCGUUAGAGUUAUUUCAUUAAUAUUAGUUAUUGUUUAUUUUGUCUUAUUAGCCAAAAAUUUCUUUACUAAUAAAGAUGGACCAGGAAGUAGUUCAAAUUGUCAUUGGUGUAAAUAUAUUAAUUGUAUACCAGUGAAUGGAUGGUGUGAUAUUGGUCAAAUAUCAAUUACUACAUCUUCAUUAUCAAGUCCUUCUACUUCUGCUUCACCAACUACAAAUACAAAUACAAAUACAAAUACAAUGGCUAAUCCAAGUGCAAGUCAUACUAAUGCAAAUGAAGUAAUAGUAACUAGUACUUUACCUGUUAGUAUUGUAAAUACUGAAUCACCAGACCCAAAUUCUCAAAAUAAAUUUAAAAUUAGAGAUAGUAAAGAUAGAGAUAUAUUAGAACAGUUUGGAAUUUUUGAAGAUCAACAACAAGGCCAAACCCAGCAACAAUUAGAUCAAACUGCGAAUCAUGGAUUUGUGGAACAUCAAAAUAUUGGGCUUGCAUUUUAUGGACUCUUUUUCAUAUUGACGAUUUCUUUCCUUAAAAGAAAGAAGAUCUUGUAAUAUAUUCAGUCUUAGCAUUUAAAUAUACGAAUUUCUACG